CAUGGCGCCCAGCCUAGUUCAGAGUGUGUGUGUGUGAAAGUGCAGUGAAAUUAUGUUAAUAUCAAUUGUUUAUAGUUAUAAAUUUAGUGUAUAAGUGAAAAGAGUGUGCAUUAAUGCAGCGGUUAUCUUAUCAUGGCUUUGGAUUUACGCUUGCACUCUCCUGCAGGCGCAGAACCUGUUGUUUAUACAUGGCCCCUUACAUCGGGUCAUGGCUCGGACAAACACGAUGGAGCCUUAGAAAUAGUCGAAACAAUAAGGUGGGUCUGCGACGACUUACCAGAGAUGAAAGGUGCAUUGGAAAAGAAUAUCCUAAGCGAUUACGACACCCACUCAUACGAAAGUAUGAGAGCACUCUGCGAUCGCUUCAACCGCGCCAUAGACUCUGUUGUCGCUUUGGAAAAGGGUACUUCCUUACCUGCCCAGCGUUUGAACAAGUAUCCUUCGAGAGGUUUACUGAAGCACAUUCUUCAACAGACAUACAACCAAGCUGUGUCGGAUCCUGACAAACUAAACCAAUAUGAACCUUUUUCACCCGAGGUUUACGGUGAAACAUCCUACGAAUUGGUGUGUCAGAUGAUAGAUCAGAUCGAUAUAACAGCGGAGGAUGUGUUCGUGGACCUCGGCUCGGGCGUGGGGCAGGUGGUGCUGCAGAUGGCCGCCGCCACGCCCUGCCGCAUCUGCUUCGGAGUCGAGAAGGCGGAAGUACCUAGCAAAUAUGCUGAGAGCAUGGAUUUACACUUUAGAAUGUGGAUGAGAUGGUAUGGCAAAAAAUAUGGAGAAUAUAAAUUAAUAAAGGGAGACUUUUUGAUGGAUGAGCACAGAGAGAAAAUAAAUUCGGCCACCAUCGUAUUUGUCAACAAUUUCGCUUUUGGUCCACAUGUCGAUCACCAAUUGAAAGAGAGAUUCGCAGAUUUAAAAGAUGGAGCCAAAAUUGUAUCUUCGAAAAGUUUCUGCCCGCUGAACUUUAGGAUAACAGAUAGAAACCUGAGCGACAUAGGGACCAUCAUGCACGUGAGCGAAAUGUCGCCGCUCAAGGGCUCUGUCUCGUGGACGGGAAAACCAGUAUCUUACUAUUUACACAUAAUAGAUAGGACCAAAUUGGAGAGAUACUUUCAAAGACUGAAAAAUCCGAAACUCAAGGUCAGCAAAAGGGGCUGCCAGGCCGGCGACGACGACAAGAGGAACGCCAGCGCGCCGCCCACGCGGCAGCCCACGCCGGACCUGCUCAACGGGAACAGCAACCACAGCACCGGCUCGCUGCCCGAGCGCCGCCGCAAGCUGGCGCGCCCGCGCCCCAUCAGGGGCGAGGUGGGACGCACACGUGCGCGCGCCGCGGCAGCCGCCAAGCGGCGGGUGGUGCGGCGCUCCAGCGACGAGAGCGAGGAGGAGUCGAGCGGCACGGACGAGCCGCCCGGACCGGAGCCCGCGCCGCGCGAGUGGGGCGCGCCCUGGGCCUCCUCGCCGCACUCCAACCGCAACCGGCGCGCGACGAACAAGCGCAGCGCGAGUGCGGGCGGCGCGCGGCGUCGCGUGGCGCGCGCCAAGCGCCGCCGCGCCGCGCCCGCCGCCAUCGCCGGCCUCGACCUGCUGCACUCCACCACGCUCGCCUCCACGCUGCACAAUGGCGCCGUGACGGCGCCGCCGCCGGGCUGCGUGGAGCAGCGGCUGUCGGCGCUGGGCGUGCAGCUGCAGCCGGCGGAGCGCCUGCACUCAGAGCUGGACAUCCCGCAGGCGCCGCACGCGCCGUACUCGCUGCAGCUGCUGCUCGACAUGUUCCGCGACCAGUACCUCGCCUUCAUCCGCCGCAUGAACACGCCGGAGUACGCCGCCGACAUACGCAACCAGAUCGAUAAGGAAAAGGAGAGAAAUCAAAAAUUGAAGUCCCGUGCUUCUCAGUUGGAUAAACAGAUCAAUGUGCUGAUUAGCGACAGCGUUGCCCUACUGAAAGCGCGUAUGAGCGAGCUUGGCAUUCACGCUAACAACACUGUCGAUCUUCUGGCGAAGGCGAAGGAGAUCGUGGGGCGCCAUAAGGAGUUGCAGAGUAAAGCUAGUAAAUUGCAGGCCCAGGUAAACAGUAUAGAGGCUGAACAGGCUAUGUUAGUGAAACAACGAACUUAUGAAAUAACGGAGAAGUAUAGACAGCUAGGACAUAUACCUCCAGAUGUAGAAAUAACACAAAGUAUAGCACACGAUUGUAUUUUAAAAGAGAUAUCGGCCACGUUAGCACAUAGAAAACGACUUCACGCACAAGUUGGCCAUCUGCAGAAUGAGAUAAUUCAGAUGGAAAGGGCCAGCGAGCAAAAAGUAAUGACUCCCACGGUUCCAGUUGCCACCGUCAAGCCGCACACAGUCAAUUCAAAACCUAGGAAGUCAAGAGAGCACAGAUCACGUUCCCAAGACUGGCCAGAUGUGCCAGAUGUGGGUAAAAUAGAAGAACAGAACCCCGAAAUUCUUGCACAGAAAAUUCUAGAAACUGGUCGACAGAUAGAGGCUGCGAAGAUAUCAAAACCGAACGUCAUAGUCAACGGAUAUGCAAGGGAACCAGACCGACAUAUGGAUCACAGACAAUCAAAGACGGUCCACGUACAUCGCGCGCAACUGCAACCGCAACGCAGCGUCCAGCCGCCGCCGCUGGCGAGGCAGUCGCCCGUCAAAUCACAAAAACCUCUCAAUGUUGUGGGCAAAGUUCAGGAGUCACCGAAAGUGAUUAAUUUCGAGGACAGGCUCAAAAGUAUAAUUACAUCGGUGCUUAAUGAAGAUCAAGAGCAGCGGAAAGCGUCACGACUUGAGCCGCGACAGCCGGUUCCCAACCACGCGUAUGCUAACGGAUACGUGCGGCCGGCGGCGGCGGCGAGCGUCGGGCAUGGCGGCGCGCAGUAUGCGGCGCGCCCCGCCCUCACCGCCGCGCCGCCCGCCACCUCGCCCUACGCGCGCGCCGUGCGGGACGUGCGGGAUGUGCGGGACUCACGCGCACUGCGGGACGUACGCGACGUGCGGGACUCGCGGGAUAUGCGCGACGUGCGUCGCGAGCGAUUCGGCUACGAGCGGCGGGACGGGCGUCCACACGUGCAUCCCGAGCAGCGUGUUUCUGACCUGCGCCACCACCACGCCGCGCAACCAGACUAUACGCAGGUUUCUCCGGCAAAACUGGCCCUCCGCCGACAUUUGUCACAAGAAAGGCUUGCAGCGCCCGGUGCUCGCACCAUCGGCGACCUUGUUAACGGAGAGAUUGAACGCACGCUAGAAAUAUCAAAUCAGAGCAUUAUUAACGCUACCGUUAACAUGAGCGCCCGCUACCACGAACCCGUCUCUACAAAUCAACCGCUCGAAGGUCUCGCCGCUUGUCUGCAAGCUCGAGUUUUAGCAUCAGAAUAUUGGAGUGGGCGUGGCACCAAUGCAGGAGCAGCCAGUGGCGCGCCGGAACCCGAGGACGCUGGCCGUCGUCGCACCCCGCCGCCCGACCCGCACUCCAACACCUCCACCCCUCUCGUCGACGAGUUACCGGACGCCGUGCGGCCUCCAGAAGGCGAGGGCGGCGAGGAAGUCGAAGAGAGCAAGUGGCAGGACCGAAUAGCGUUUCGCUUCGAUCAGAUAAUAUCUUUCGCUUCUACGGCGAUGGAGGACAAACGGCGACGAUCGGACGAAGCGUGCAACACGUCGCCCGACUCGGGCAUAGGGCACGGCGAGGCCGCCCGCGGGCCCGCCGACGGUGGUGACGCGCGCGCGGCGGGCCCGGCGACGGACGCGCGCGUGGCCGCCGUGGCCGCGACGGGCGCGGGCGGGCCCAGCGCUGCGCGCUCGCCUUCCCCGCAGCCGCCGCACCACUUCAAGAAGCGCUUCUUCCGACGCGAGCGGUGGGGCGCGUGGAGCGGUGCGCCGCCGCCCGCCGCCGUGGACUGGGAGCGGCCGCCGAUGUGACGCCCGCGCAUCUAGCGCUGCGACGUGUGUCACUUCUCGCACCAGCGCUGCUCCUAGCGGGUCUCGCCGCUGCCUAGCGUAAUCGAACACUGCCACUCGAGAGGCGCUUCGAUCGCGUUCGCAACGUUGCUGUCGAUCGUGCUCCUCUCGAAUGUUGACUAUCAAUUUUGUUAAUUUUUUUUUUUUUUUCGAAUAUAUAAUGUAAUUAUGUAUAUUAAUGAGUUUAUUUUAUGUUUAAGAAUUGUAAUUAUUCAAUAUUAGGUUUAUGUCGUCGUUCAUACGGCACGCCCGAACGUCUAUCGCGCCGCGACGGAUUUGUAUUUCAUGUGUUCAUUUAGGUGUUAGUGUUCGAAAUACAUGAUUCGGUAACUGUGCGAUUCGUUCUCGCAUCGGUCGUUUAUUGUUUUUGUGUUUCGUUUUUGAUGUUUUAUGGAGAGCUCAGCCUGAAUAAUGUGAAUCAUUUCUUUGAGAAAUCUUAAAGCUCGAUGACGUGUGUUAAUAAAUAAAUUGUAAAUAUAAAUUAAUAAUUAAAUAAAACGCUAGUAAAAUUGUGGUCGACAUUUGAAAAUUUUCAAUUAUAAUAAUGAUAUAAAUAUUAGAAUCUUCCUAAUAUCGACAUCAUAACCGCUGCCUUAAUGGUACAUUCUUAACGUGACAGAAUUGUAGUUGUAAAAUAAGCCUUAAGCAAUACAUGAAUUAAUUGAUGGGUGAUUAUCUGAGAUACAUGCAAUACAAAAGUUUACGUAAAACAUGUGAUAUGUAAACAAUUAUAAUAUAUACAAAUUGUUUAGUGGUCAUUUAGCAUUUUUACAUGCAUUAAAUCACAUUUUUAGAUAUCUUUUUUCGUUCGUUGUAACUAUUGGAUGAGUAUAAAAUGAAUGAAUGAAGGUACUUAAUUUAUUACUUAGUGAUUAAAUAAAGCCAAACUUUUACAUUAUGUAAAAUCACACCAGUUUCUCGUGUAAACUAUUUCUAUACAUUACUUUCAACUAUAAUUUGUAAAAAAGAAUAAUUAUUAUAUAAAGUCUAAAAUACUAAAAGCAUAAACAAUAACACUGUAUUAAAGGGCUUUACAUAGAAUCAUCUGGUUCAAAAAAUAAUAAUAUUUUUUUAAUUUUUCUCUAAAAUAAUUAACUCAAUUAUGGGAGUCUUCAAUUUCUCAAACCAAUUACACAUGAGACAGAUAUUAAAAAGUUUUAUUUUUUAUUUUACCUUUUCAAAGAAGAUUCCAGGAAUUUAAAUUUAAUAACAAGACGUAUCCCGUCGAACAUAAGUAAUCACAGCCUUUUGUAAUAUCUAUAAAACAUUUCUCAGAUCAGAAAUGGCUAUCAUUAAAAUUACAUGAAGAAACUUCCAAUGUUUUGAUAUUAAUUAACACAAUUAAUAAAACUUACAAUUAUGUUGUGCCAAAAUUAAUAUUUGCAUAUUAUGCUUAAAUAUGUUAUCGAAAGAUAAUAAUGACAACUUUGCUCUAAACAUAAAAAAACAUAAUGGGGUAUAAAAACAUCAAAAGAGCAUUACAUUGAUGCAAAGGUUAACUAGCCAUGUGACGCAAUCAAACUAGCUAAAGCCCGAAAAUAGGUUUUUGAAAGAUGUGUUUUAAGUUUUUAUGUUUUUUAAUGUUUUUAUAUAUUAUGUACCACAUAUACGCCUUUUUUACAAAUAUGAUAUCCGUCGUGUAUGAUUAUUAUUUAUAUUUGUAUGUUAUUAUAUAAAAAUGUAAGCAAGAUACAUAUCCUUACUUUGGGCUUUACUGGUAAUAAACGAUCGGUGUUAAAUCGUGGUUAGCAUGCAUAACGUUCAUCGUUCAAUUUUAGAAUAUAUAUUUGGUGUCAACAUACUGUGAAAUAAUUGCGAUAAAACAAUAAUUAAUUACCUAUAAGUGUUCAUUUAUCGAUAUAGAACAUACUUGUAUUAAAAUAAAUAGCCACAAAACAAACCAAGAAAUAAAUGCCUUAUUAACACUGUAAAAAGAUAUUAGUAUAACAUGCAUGCAAGCCACUAUUCAGAAAUUAUAGGUAGUUAUUGCUAGAACAGGGUCUAUGUACUUCGAGGUUUUCGUAGUUAUAAAAUCACCGGCGCUAUAUCGAUAUUCCUGUAUGUAAUUUUUACACGAUUAAAAGCUCACGAAGAUUUAUCCGCCUUUUAGCAAUAAGGCUUUACAAAGUUAAAAUUAAAAUCUUCAUACUAAAUGUUUUUAUGUAAUAAUUAUUGACUUUUUUCUGUAUUAUUAAAAAUAUUGUGAAAAUGUACUUACUUAUAAUAAUGAAGACGAUUUUCUCAUGAAUAUGUUUGUUAGUUACUCGUUUUAAGUGCCCGUUUUAUUAAAAUUAUUUUGUAUUAAUACAACAUUUAAAGUUUUAAAUUUAUUUUUAAAGGUUGACCUAAUAAGAUUUUAUAUAUUUAAUAAUUGGCAGCUUUACGCAUGUAUUUGUGUAAAGGGAUUCAAAGAGUUGGGUAUGGGCAUUGCUAUUGUAUUUUAAUCAGUUAUCACUUUCGCUGAAAAUUUGUAGAUUAAACGCUAGAGACAUUUUAUGAGAAAGUGAACUUUAUUUCGUUCUUUUCUUGCGUGUUGUAAUUAUUUUUUUAAUAAAUGUCCAUAUCCGUUUGGUGCACUAUUAAAACGUAAGUAAGAAUUUUCAAGAUUAUAUUAAUAUGAUAGUGUAAAGUAAUAUAAAACAUGAGCAAUGGUUAUAAUUAAGACCGACAAAAAUUGCGUUCAGUGAAUGAGAUUUUUAAGAUAUUAUAAUGAUUAUAAUACAUAAACGACUUCUAAUUUUAUUAAACUUUUUUUUUAUAAACUGUCAUAAUCUAUAGUGGCCUAAAUUAUAUUACUUUUUAAUAUGCACUAAUUUAAUUUAUCUUUAUACAGACGAUAAAAUCUAACAAUAAUAAUAUUAUAUAACAGGUCGUUUUGUGUAUUAUAAACAUUGGAGUGCACUGGUUUGAUUGUGCCUGUAAAAUUCACCAAUGCCGCUCCAAACCUCAAAAUUGUGUAUUUGUAAAAUAAGUUAGCUUUUAAAUCGGUUCUAAAGUACCAGUAGUAAGGUAGUGUAUAUUGGCAUUCAAUUAAGCGUUUCGAGAUUAAGUCCAAGAGUGAUUACAUUAUUCAGUUUUGACUAACCUUUAUUUUUUUAAUGGGGAAAUGAGCUAAUCAGUGUGACGUUAGUGUCUAAAAUAGUACAAAUGAGAAGACUUAUUGUCGUAAGCCUCGGACUUUUCAACAUUGCAAAUGCUAGGUUUGAGAUGUAUCCCUGUGUACUAGUUUUAUUUUGUACUAAAAGGUUAAAAUAAAUGAGUAAUUAUA